AGCGGCGCAUUUUCGAGGAAUCUUGACAGAAAAGUCGAAGAAAACCGGUGGAGACACGGGAAGAUCAUUCGUUCGGGGAGCUGCGAACGCACGGCGAGGAGGAAAACACGCUGGCAUACGUUGGAAUUCGGCUGCCUGAAGGGGAAAUCCGUGGCGGUUUCGAAGGUUCCGAAGGUUUGGAAGGGAGGCAGAACGGAGCGCGAGAGUGUUUCCUUUGCGAGUUGAUUGGUCGAAACAGAAGAAGUCUUCGAGAUGCUGGCAGCUUCGAUCUGUCGCGAAGUUCACUUCACAGUGUUGUCCAGCACGACGAUGGCCUCGCGCGUUCCACGUUGCUUGUUCGGCAAGCCGAAUUCGAGGGAAACCGUGGAGAUGCUGCACGAGGCCCUGGACGCGGAGAGAAGCAAAUUCGCGAAGCGAUGGGGCGUCGAUCCGCGAUCCGAGGACAAGGAGAACAGUUACCAGAGGAAGCACCACGACAAAUACGAGCAGUCGCCGAAGAAACGGAGUAAUCCGUAUUCCAGGCAAACCAGUAUACACGAUUACUGGCGAGCUCGGAAGGUAUGCGAGGUGAAUAAGAAGCCCCUUGCCUCCUCGGCGGACGCCACGAAGCAGCAGAGCGAGGCGUCGAAAUCCUCGAAGACGAUGAAGUCAUCGAAGAAGGCAGCGCAGAAUUGA